AUGUUUGAUAUUGACAACACUCUGGCUUACACAGGUUUCAACGACACCGACCUCUUGGGCAAGGCACCUCCCAUGAAGCGCGCGGUGGACUUUGCCAAGCGCUGGUGCCACUUUGGGGGCGUGCGGACGGAGAGUGCACCGUUCGAGUGCUUCUUCAUCACGGCUCGUUAUUGCACCACCUUGAAGGCCAAGGCAACUCAGCUUUGGGUCAAAGAGAACUUCCCAGUGGACGAUUACUGGAUGCGAAAACAUGUCUUUAUCACAGGCAGGAGCCGCAGGAACUGA